AGGAGAUAAAAGUUAUAAACCAUGCCGGGAGAAGUUGAUCAAUCUUUCAUCCAAGCCCUGGAACACAGACCUAACCUUUCAGUUCCUGAAGCCCAAGGCAUACCCUUAAUUGACCUAUCAGUUUUGAACUCUCCUGAUAACCACAACAUUGAUGGCCUUGUUUUGGAGAUACGCAAUGCAUGCAAGAACUGGGGUUUCUUCCAGGUGAUCAACCAUGGAGUGCCCCUGGAGAAACGCCACAAGAUUGAGAAUGCAUCAAGAAAGUUUUUCGCUCAACCGUUGGAGGAGAAGAGGAAGGUUAGGAGAGAUGAAGCAAACGCCUUGGGCUACUAUGAUACUGAACACACCAAGAACGUUAGAGACUGGAAAGAAUUGUUUGAUUACGGCGUGCAGAAUCCAACGUUAGUCUCAGCUUCCUCUGAGCCUGAUGACAAGGAAGUCGUGGAGUGGUUUAAUCGGUUGCCUGAGUACCCUCCAGAAUUUAGAGAGGCCUGUGAAGAAUAUGCAAAAGACUUAGAGAAACUAGCUUACAAAUUGAUGGAACUUAUUGCCCUGAGCCUCGGCUUGCCAGCAAACAGUUUCUGUAACUUUUACAGAGACCAAACCGGUGUCAUCAGACUCAAUCAUUAUCCUCCUUGCCCGGUUCCUCAUUUGGCUCUGGGAGUUGGACGACACAAGGACUCUGGUGCCCUGACCAUCCUGGCUCAGGAUGAUGUUGGAGGACUUGAAGUGAAACGCAAGUCUGAUGGAGAAUGGACUCGUGUGAAGCCCACCCCGGAUGCUUAUAUCAUAAAUGUUGGUGACAUUCUCCAGGCUUGGAGCAAUGAGAUUUAUGAGAGUGUGGAGCAUAGAGUAGUAGUUAACACAGAGAAGGAAAGGUUUUCUAUUGCAUUCUUCUUCAAUCCAGCGCAUUACACCAUGGUAAAGCCCCUGGAUGAGCUGAUAAACGAGAAAAAUCCAGCCAAGUAUCGGGCAUACAACUGGGGAAAGUUUAUAGCUACCAGAAUGCAAAGUAAUUUCAAGAAGCUUGAUGUGGAAAACAUCCAAGUUCAUCACUUCAGAGUUCCAGAGUGACCAGAAUGGUCAAAGAACUUAAAAAGCAGCUCUAUCCUUGGCAAAAUAAAAAUAAUUUGUGGCCUUCAGAUGCCAUGCGUAGAUAUACAUGAGGAGAAGAGCAUACAAGUAUUGUAGUAAUGUUACAUGUGUAACAAAAUAAAGGAUAUUUCUUGUCCUACUCUGAGUACAGACCAUUUAUCCUGUUUAAUCUUGGAUUUGUAUGCCCUUAGGUGCCAGAUGGACUAUUUCUUUCUAGUCUCAGAAAUUUAUUAUAGAUGAAGAUUUUACAUUAUGUGUGGCUGUUGAUAUAAACAAGAAAAAUAUAAGGAAAAAGAU